AUGAAAUACUUCAAGCGAAUACCAUUUCUACGCCCAGACACGAUGACUCAACUCCAGGAGCUUUUUAACACGGCGGUGCAUCCGCUGCCGCCAAUCUCAGACUCUCACUUUGCCUCGCACUUUGACAGCUUUGGGAAAUACAAAGUCGUCCUACUGGGUGAUGGCAGCCACGGGACUUCCGAGUUCUACGCGGCCAGAGCGGAAAUCACCAAGCGUCUUAUCGACCAGCAUGGGUAUACCAUGGUGGCCGUGGAGGCGGACUGGCCGGAUGCCGAGGCCAUUGAUCGCUACGUGCGCCAGCGACCCGGCCCCAAAGCCCAGAUAGGCGGCUGGGCUAAGAACUAUGAGCCCUUUAAGCGGUUUCCGACCUGGAUGUGGCGGAAUCGUGAAAUGCAGGAUCUGGUUGAGUGGAUGCGUGAUCGCAACACCAAGGUUCCCGCAGAACAGAAGGCUGGGUUUUAUGGACUGGAACUCUACAGCAUGGGGGCUAGUAUUCGUGCGGUGAUUGAUUAUCUUGAUAAAAUCGAUCCUGCGGCGGGCAAGAUGGCUCGUCGACGGUAUGGCUGUUUGGAGCCUUGGGUUGAUGAUCCUACCUCGUACGGACUGGCGUCUCUCCGUGGGAUGGAGGACUGCGAAGCCCAAGUAAUGAAGAUGCUGCGCGACCUCCUCGAUCGGAGACUGCAGUAUUCGCAGGAAGAUGCUCGCGACAGCGAUGAAUUCCACAGCAGCGAACAGAAUGCGCAUGUUGUCCGGGAUGCGGAAAAGUAUUACAAGGCCAUGUACUACAGCUCCGCAAACUCAUGGACGCUGCGAGACACGCACAUGUUCGACACCCUGCGACGUAUCUUCCAGCACAAACCCGGCUCCAAAGCCAUCGUGUGGGCGCACAACUCGCACGUUGGCGACGCCCGCUACACCAGCAUGGGCUUGCGUCGCAACGAAGUCAACAUCGGCCAGCUCUGCCGUGAGGGCUUCGGAGAAGACAACGUCGCCAUCCUCGGCUGCGGCACGCAUACAGGCACUGUCGCGGCCGCGCACGAAUGGGAUGACGACAUGCAAGUGAUGAAGAUCCGCCCCUCACGCGAUGACAGCUGGGAAAUCCUGGCCCACGACACGGGCAUUCCGCGGUUCGUCCUCGAUCUCCGCAAGGGGAAAAUUGACCCGGCGCUGCGAGCGGCGCUGGUGGCGGAGAAUAACCGGCUGCAGCGGUUUAUUGGAGUCAUCUAUCGGCCUGAAACAGAGCGCAUCUCGCAUUACUCGCAGGCUUUCUUGCAUAAACAAUUCGACGCGUGGAUUUGGUUUGAUCAGAGCGAGGCCGUCAAGCCGUUGGAGAGCAUCCAGCCCGCGACGCCACUGGGCAAGGGAGAGACGUAUCCAUUUGGACUGUAA